AUGACGAUCCCUACCGAAGCCAAAGUAUUCAGGCGGACACACGGUGACCUCCCACGGACCGUCACGCAGGUCACUGAGCCCGUUCCCGCCCCGGGCGAUCUUGGAACGCACGAUGUCCUCAUAAAAAUUCACGCCGUAUCGCUCAACUUUCGCGAUGUGGCCAUGCUAAAUGGCAGAUACCCCGCCGAGGUCGAGGAUGAGGGCAUCCCAUGCUCCGACUGCGCCGCCGAGGUUGUUGCUAUUGGGUCCUCUGUUGGCGACUUCGCCAUUGGAGAUAUGGUGGCGCCCAUCUUUGACAUCGAAGACUUCACAGGCCUGGAAGACGACAACUGCGCGCUCGGAGGCUCUACGGCCGGAGUCUUACGGGAAUAUGCGGUCUACGAGGAUAAACUGCUUGUUCAUCUUCCGAAGCAUUUAUCCUGGGAAGAGGCUGCCACCCUUACAUGCGCCGGCGUAACGGCAUGGACGUCUCUUGAUGGCCUCGAAACGCGCCGGAAGGAUCCCGUCGCUCUGAUGCAAGGAACCGGAGGUGUUAGCCUGUUCGCCAUCUUGUUGUGCAUAGCCAACGGCUGGAAGGCUAUUGUCACGUCUUCGUCUGAUGAAAAGCUUGAGGCCAUCAAGAAACUGGGUUCCGAUGUCCACGGUAUCAACUACAAGACGACCUUGAGCCAGAAAGAGGAUAUACUCCGCAUCACCAACGGGAAAGGUGUCGAUUUCGUGAUCAACAACACAGGUCCGUCGUCCAUUCCCGAGGACAUCAGUUUCCUACGAGCGAGACAUGGCACUAUCUCUCUCGUGGGGUUCUUGGCUGGGUUAGGCCAAGGAUGGGAGCCAAGUGCCCUGAUGGUCUUGCUGGGAAAACAAGCCAAGGUGCAGGGCAUCGUUGUGGGCUCGAAGCUUGAUUAUCAGCGCAUGAACCGUUUCAUUGAAGAAAAGAACAUGUCACUCACGCCCCUCAUCGAUAAAGUCUUUGCGUUUGACGAUUCUGCUGCUGCUUUUGAUUAUCUGUACUCAGGACAGCAUACUGGCAAGGUCAUCAUCAAGAUCUAAGCUUGUCUUGGGGCUCUUUGCAGGUGUUACUGUACCCUUGCGCGGGAGAGAGGAUCACAGCAGGAAAUCUUACCUGUCAAUAUAGAUAGAUCAAUAUAGAUAGAUCAAUAUAGAUAGAUCAAUAUAGAUAGAUUUUUUCUUAUCC